GCUUUAAAUAAAAAGCGUCGCGAGUUUUCGGUGAGACUUGGCGCUAUAAGCUUGCGGGACCAGAACUACGAAACCCUUUUCACGAAGAUGGCGCCGAAAGCGAAGAAGGAAGCCCCCGCCCCUCCCAAAGCCGAAGCCAAAGCAAAGGCUUUGAAGGCCAAGAAAGCAGUGCUGAAAGGCGUCCACAGCCACAAAAAAAAGAAGAUCCGGACGUCACCCACGUUCCGACGGCCCAAAACACUGCGGCUCAGAAGGCAGCCCAAAUAUCCUCGGAAGAGCGCCCCUAGGAGAAACAAGCUUGACCACUAUGCCAUCAUCAAGUUCCCCUUGACCACCGAGUCAGCUAUGAAGAAGAUAGAAGACAACAACACACUUGUGUUCAUUGUGGAUGUCAAAGCCAACAAGCACCAGAUCAAACAGGCUGUGAAGAAGCUCUAUGACAUUGACGUGGCUAAAGUCAAUACCCUGAUUAGGCCUGAUGGAGAGAAGAAGGCAUAUGUACGACUGGCUCCUGAUUAUGAUGCUUUGGAUGUUGCCAACAAAAUUGGAAUCAUCUAAACUCAGUCCAGCUGGCUAAUUCUAAAUAUAAAAAUUUUUACUGUAUGCUUCUUGUCUUUAUGUUGAUUUCUGGUUGGUCUGGGGGAGGCCAUACUGUGAUAUAUACACACCUAAGUAAAUAACAGGGCUUGGGCAAGA